UAACAAAUAAUUUGAGGCUAGGAUUGAUCAAAACAGUAACGACUAUUGACGGUGCACAGCUAUUAGACAUGAAGACCUGGACUUUGGUUUUGCUAUUGAUUGGCGUUACUGAAACAGCACAUUUUUGUUUCCCUAAACAAAUUGAGUGGACCGGAGCAGAGGCGUUCGCUUUUACGAAAGCUGGACCAUUGGACCUUUUUUUCCUUGGGCGUGAAGUUGGUCAACUCCCAGAGAGCGCGGAUGGUCUUAUCUCUAGCAGUCAACCUGCUGAAGUCAUCACCGUGGAUGACGCCCCUAACAAGAUGACAAUUUCAUGGGACUUGCUUAGUUAUGAUCUGACUCUAAAGAAUGAGAUAUCAGUAGUGGAGUCUGAAGUUAUCCACACAGUACACACGUCUGAUGCUGCUGGAGCAGAAGGCCUAGUCAAAUUAACAGCUGCAUUCACUGGUCUAUCUAGUGAUAAUCUUGAGCAGUAUAAGGUUACACUUGAGUGCCGUGCAGCUGUUGAAGACGUCUUUGUGGAGUCAGCCCUUACGUUUGUUUUACCUGAAGACGCUCCGAUUCCACCAGCUACCUUCGAUGUUACGUAUGCCAUUAUCGCUGAUACCACUGGUACUGCCCCAGACACGUUAGCAGUUUAUCUUGGCACCAUCCAACUGACUACUUCCGAUACUAUUUCGGCAGAUUGUACUGCAGCGUUAAAAGCUAAUUCUGCACUUGACGGACGUUUCCUUACCAUAUUUACCGAUCAGGCAUCUGUUCUACCAGCCAAAAUCACAUGGAUGUUCCCGUCCACUUACGACCCUGUAAAAGCGCCGUUUGAAAGGAGUAAUGUCGUGAUUGUGGACAAUAACGAUAUAACUUCCUAUGUUUUGGAUAAGAGAACGAACACCGGCAACGCCGCCGCAAAAAAAGCUUAUAGCUUCGAUACCAAUAAGUGCAUCAACAUUGCCAACUACCAAUAUGCAUCCGAUGCCUCAUCGGGAGAUGAAAAGUGCCCUGCUGAUAGGAGUGGGAUAAACACUAUUGAUUGUUUAAUGCCGGCCCAUGCAGACCCUGUAACAGAGGAAUCCAAGUGCAACCUUAUACAUUGUUGUUGGGUCAGUGACAGUAGCAGAUGUGUUGCAGCUCAAACAUCAAGCUGCAAACUGGAGGGCAACAGUGCAAAGGAUCUUGCAGACAACCCUUUUACCAAAACGAUAAUAGAUGGAAGGGCAAUAGUUCCUGGUAACUACGACUCUUACGACAGAAUAUACUUGGGGCAGGCAGUUACGUUUAAAUGUAAACAAGACUCGAAUCAAAAUACAAUGUAUAUGUUAAGAAAAGACGACAGCCUUACGGACUUUUCAGAUUUUGGGGAUUUCACGAGUGUCAGCUUUAAUUGUAUACAGGACGUUGCUCAAACCACUGAUAUCAUGGCUAUGUAUAACCUCGUAAAAUGUGAAGCCGCGUGUACAAAACCAACCAUUGACGAUACCGUGGUGAUGGAUCUCGAUUUUGAAACAGAGACGUUCUAUCCCGCUGGUACAGAAAUAAACUUGGAAUGCAAACCAGGGUAUGGACGUGAUGAUGGUACCACCGCAUUUGAGGCUAUUAAAUGUAGUGGCGCUGUAACAAAUUACAGUGACAAAAAGUGUUAUCAAUGUGACACAUCUGGAGUGACACUGGAAGCCGACGCAAAGGCAUCCUUUUUGACUGCAACGGCAUUGGUAGGUCAAAAAAUCAACUACCAAUGUGACACUGGAACUUCAUUUGUAGACAAAGUCAAAUCCGAGUUCAGAAACACACAAGAGCUGGAUUGCAUUUAUAGUAGUGGCACUACCAGUGCAACCAUAUCAGGGAUCGGCGACAUCACAGAGUGUAGAGAGGACUGCCCGCUGACGGUGCUUGAAGAUCAUGGAAUAUUGUUCAAAUUUGAUAAUGAAAUUACAACAAUAUUGUCGGUCCCUCAAGACGAAGAAUAUGAACUUGGGUGCGAAAAUGGCGAUUAUCAUUUACCGUAUGGGCAAGAGGAUGAAAUCGAAUGUGAAGAGGUGGACGAUGGAGCAUCACCAAGUGCAAUUGUCGUUCAAUCGUGCCACGCUCCUUGUGAUAUUUCAACCAUCAAGACAGAAUAUAACGUCGAAUACGCUAAGAUCGGUAGCGGGUUUCGGGCUGCCUUAAAUGAAGAGGAGGUUGCGCUGAACACACCACUAUUCCUUAGUGGUUGCAAACAAGGAGUGUUUCUGUUUACCGAGAACGUUGAGGCAAACACCAAAUUCUUUUGUGACGCAUCGAAAUACGACUUUAAUAAUGAUGCUAAAUUCAAAGACCUCAUAAAGUGUUACAACAUGUGCCAAUUACCAGUCAAAAGUGAACUCGACCAGUUCUUCGACUUCCUUAAAGUCGAAGACAAUGGUGGCGAUACUACUUUUGCCGCAUUAGCACCCGAAGCCACUUCCAUACCUCCCAACACAAAGGUGCAAUUCCAAUGUAAAGAUCUAACGAUGACAGUGGAAGGAACUACAGGGAACAUAUUUGAGGCUGAAUGUGGAACAAACGGAGAUGAUAUAGUUUUAAAGAAAUGCUACCCUUCGUGUUCGGUAACUGAGAUUCCCAACCCUAACGCCAACACCAUCGUUAGCGCCGCAGGAAGUCAGACCGGAACCAAAGUUGCCUUGGGUGAACAGGUGGUAAUUACUUGUUCUAGUGACGACUAUGUCAUGGCUUUCGAUGUUACCAAAAGAGCAAUUGGGUCUUAUGCUGAGUGUAAGACAGAUCCUGACGAUAAUACAAAAGUAGAAUUGAUGGAGGCAGGAACACAUGCUGGCAAAGAUUGGUGCCUUGCUGUCCCAAAGUUGGGUGCACCAACAGCGUCAACCGGAUCGUACACCUUUACAGCUUCUGUGGUAUUGCCUUCAGACAGAGAUACAUUUGAUGAUUGGAAGAUAUACGAAGUGCAAGUUGCGGACAGUGCUGGUGAUAUAAUUUGCACCAUUACUACUAUCAACGCAGACUCCGAUACUUACGAUUGCCCGUACACUCUAUCUACUUCUGAUGCUGAUUGGAAAGCCAAAUUAAAACAUGGUUUCUCACUGCAUGUCUAUCAUAUCAUAUAUCCAAGACAAGAAGCAGUUUAUCUGACUAAAAAUGACGUUACCGGAUUUUAUGUUGGACCUCCGCCCUUGGACGCAGGUGACGUCACGAUUAGUGUUGUCGGCGCUAAAACUGUAACUAUGAUUUUCAAAGACACUUUGCCUGCUGAUAUUGGAGAAAUCACUGUAAUCGGCUCAUACGUACCAGUGUAUGCAAUGAAGAUAAGUGAGAAGGAUGGUGAAGAGAAACAAGCUUACGAUGCUAAGAAUAUAGCCGAUCUUGUAAGCCAGACCGAAUACGAUUGGAGCAGUGUCCUAGAGCCUCUCAAGAGCUAUGUUGUUGUGAUAUCUUCCAGCACUGAGAAAGGACCCGGCGGAGAUAUGACCAAAGAAUUCAACACUGGUCACGCUUCUGCGACCAUCACGGACGUUGAAGUUUCCUCAACCGCCCGCGAUGUGACAAUCAAGUUAGCCGAUACCAGUCCAGGAGGCAACACCAAAGUCAAGUAUACUCUGAGUAGCAAGGCCGAAGUUAUUGAAGAGAAAGAUUUUGGUGCUGCUAAGGAAGUUACCAUAUCGUACGAUGAUCUUACUCCACUCACAGAGUACACUUUCACUGUCACGGUCCUGACUGAUGAUGAUACACCCUCCGAGACAGCCACACACUCUUUCACUCAAGGACCAACACUCCCAACACCAAUAGAUUCCUCAAAAAUAGUGUUGACUGACAAUACUGCUACAGUGGAAUUCAUGCCAGAAGAAGGUUUCACUUACCGCUUAAAGGUAUCCAAAAAGGUUGCCGAAGUAUGGACAGUUGUGAUGGAGUAUGUUUACCCUGAGCCGGUUGUACCAGAUGAUACCAGCAGCGAAAGUGAGGAUGAUACCAGCAGCGAAAGUGAGGAUGAUACCAGCAGCGAAAGUGAGGAUGAUACCAGCAGCGAAAGUGAGGAUGAUACCAGCAGCGAAAGUGAGGAUGAUACCAGCAGCGAAAGUGAGGAUGAUACCAGCAGCGAAAGUGAGGAUGAUACCAGCGGCGAAGGUGGGGCUGAUAACCUACCUUCACGAAGAAAGCGUGAUGUUACACCAGUUAUUCAUGAAUUUACAGGUCUAGAAUCAAAUGUUGUCUACAAAAUUUCAAUGACCUCCGAGGGAAAUGUUGGCGAAACGGAGACAGUACUGACAAGUGAUCCUGUUGAAGUUGAAUUUACAACUUAUGCCUGUAGUAAAUCUACUUUGACGGACGCGGGAGUAACCGUGAGUUUGGAAGGUAGCGAACAAGUCGUCUCAGACUUUUUGUCUCCAGAUAGUAACGUGCCUUUCACGCUCACCUGUCCGGGUGACCUUGUUGUUAACAUAGUUGACAGUGUAACUGAACUGCUAGGAAACGCUACCACUACCUCUGUCUUUUGCCUUGCCGCAGGAUGGGGCGAUUACAUUGAAUGUGUGGAGGUUCCAGAUCCAGAUGUAGAGGCCGUGACUGAUGGAUCUAGGACGGGACUGGUUGCCGGAAUAAUCGUAGCUGUCAUCCUCAUUCUCCUUAUAAUCGUCAUCAUCAUACUCCUGGUCGUAAAACGGAGAAGACGAGGUGGCGGUGGAACUGAAAACGGCACUUCACAAAAAUAUUCUCCUCGUGACAACGAGAUAGCUGCUGAUGGAGGGGAAGCUUGGAGGAAUCCGUACUAUCGUGAUACUGACGAAACUGAGAAGAAACAAGAUAAAAAGAUACCAGCCGAUGAAGCUCCUGUAGAUGAGGCUGAACUGACGGACAUAGUCACUGAGAAUCCAUACGCAAAUGCCGAUGAGCAACCCGACAUUCCAGCUAAGGAAGCUAAUGGAGAUAACGUAUCAAUGGGCUCCCAAGAAGCGAAAGUGGAACUCGGUGAUGAGGAAGAAGCCGUGGAAGUAGCUGCUGGUGGUGAAACUGCAGAAGAGAAGGUUUAACAAGACACAACUAGAGUAGAGACUUAGUCAGCCUUCGAGGAGAGCGAACCUCUCAUCGAAAUAAGUUAUCGAUUGCCGUCAGACAUCUGCACUGCGCUACAAUCCUUGGUGAUCUGAUUUCACAUGGGCGUCUAUUGACAAACUGUCAACUAGACAGUAUCUGCAUAAAAUACUGGAUACAGUACAUUCGUUGGUAAAACUCUGGAUCUUUGUUAUGUUCCCUAGGUGGAAUCCGUAGAUCUGAUUGUCUUGAUUUAUUUGGACGAUUUACUGUCGAGUGUUUUAUCCGCUCAGACUGCAUUUUCAGUGACAAAACUUGGUUUAUUUUUAGAAUUUUUAGAUCCUUUAUGGCCUUGAAGUUUGAAUUGUGUGAUGGGUUUUUUGACUACUGUGUAUUAAAUUAUAAGAUUUGUGAGAUGUUAUUGGAAUCAGAUAUGUUUAUAUUAAAAGUUCAGUAAAGCAGUCUUUCCAAGUUAUUUUUUAAUGUAUAUAGUAGAGCUAAUCGAGGGUCUGCUUACGGUUACAAUUUUUGAUUAAAUUAUAGGUGAUAUUAAGGUUCGAAUUUUGGAAGAAUUUUUCUCCUGUUCUACCUAAAUUUUGCAGCAGUGUUGGUAAAAUGACUACAGAUAUGAUAUAUCGAGUUCAAUCUUGCGGAUAAUUGGUUUACAGAUUGCGUUUCUAAUUAAAAUUUUAUUUUUAUUUUUUUCUAACCGGCAUGACGAAUAACUCAACUAAAAUAUCUACCUCUGAAGUGUUGAAUCUUGUUUUAAUGCUGUACUUUCUCACAAUGGUCAGAAAUUCAGAGUUUUAAUUUUACUUUCAGUCCAAAUCUGAUAUGUAGUAUUUUAUGAUUUUAGGAAUAAGAAAAGUAUACGAAUUUAUUAUUAUUUAUGUUCUGCAGAGUUUUCUGUGGGCACGAAUCUGAUCUGUUUACUGAAAAAUGUAUCAAUUAACGGAAUUUAUGUCCACUUGUUAUUAAAUUCUGGAAAAAUUAUGUAGUUUUACCUAUAUUAUGAAAUAUAUUAUCAACGUUCAGGUUCUUGGGUUAAUUAUCCUUUAUUUUGAACAUAUUCACUGCUAAAGAGCUUUGUAAUGGAAUAACUGUAAGUAGCAUGAUGGAUAUGCCGGUGGAAGAUUUAAUUGUUGUACGUUUUCAGAUUGGUUAGACAUUGUUGAUAUUCAGCAAUAUGUUUAAAGUUGGAUAUGUACUCUGCUUAAUUGAUUAAGAGCUUGAUACAUUAUAUGAUAACCACAUGGAUCGCUUAUAUCCCCUUUCUCUUAUUCUAAA